GAUAGCUAUAAUAUCAGAUCCAAUCUAACAAGCCUCUCUAAUACUUAACCUCGUGUUUUAGAGAAUUGGAAUCAAAGGGACAGGUGAAGCAUAUCAGUAACCAUGGUUUCAAGAAACACAAGGUCGUCAAGAAAUAACCAGAGGUCAGCGACAUCUGUAAAUGGAGGAGAACUAAAUGGCAUUGCUAAUGUGAAUGCAAGUGAGAGGGACACAGAGGUUAAUAUAGAAGCAAGUGGUGCAGCUAAUGUUGUGACUGAAUCUGAGGCUGCAGCAGGAGGAACUCCACCCACCAGAGUCAAGCGUGCAAAGAAGAAAACUUCACCUAUUUGGAAGCAUUUCACUGAAGUUUUUGUUGAAGAAAAGGUGGAUGACAUGGUUAUCAAGAAGCCGAUGGCAGUAUGCAAGUAUUGUGAUGAUGUUCUUAGUUCCCAAAGCAAUCAAGGUACCACACGCCUAUGGAAUCACUAUCAUUCAUUUCAUGAUGAAAAAAAUGAGAGUUGGUAG